AUUUUUACGUUCUUUCAAAAGUUUUAGUCGCAUCUGAUAGAUUCAACAUGGAGACCCUCUUGAAUUGUAUUCAAGAAACAACUGCUAAAAAAAUUUUGGUUUUUAUCAAAAAAAAUCUAUUCGAUCUUUUUGAAUUUAUUAUGAAAUAUCAAACGUUUACUGCCAUAGAUAAACAAUUCAUGCAUGAAAUUGCAAAUGACCCAUACCUUUUAUUCAAUUCUGAAGAUUUUUUAAGACUAGAAGAAGAAAUGUUGCAAAAAAUCUUAUUAUGUAAUGAACUAAUAAUUUCCGAAUCUAAAAUUUGCGAGUAUCUAAUCAAAUGGUGCAAUGUGGAAAAUAACGAAACUAAACUCGAGCCAUUAUCCAAAUUAAUUCGUUUUCAUCAAAUGAAAAAAGAUGAAUUUUUUGAUCUUUGGAAAAAGUACAAAAAUAAAAUAAUCUCGGAUGGAUUGUUAGAAGAUAUAAUUGGAUUUUUUAUGUGUAAUCAUCCACAAAAACUUAACAGAGCACCAUUUAGAUUAGGAAAUAAUCAAACUUCCAGAAUCAUCAGUAAACAUGAAGAUUUCUUGGAAAUUUCUUCUUGGAUCGAUAAUGAUAAAGGAAAAGGAUCAUUUAGAUUUGAUCUUAUAUUUGAUAAUAGUUUCUUUGGUGACGAUUUCCACGCAAAUUCAUUCCAUAAAAUAUGCGACGGAACAUUUUCAACAAUCACCUUAUUUGCUUUAGAUAACUGUAUUGUUGGAGGAUAUAAUCCACUUGGUUGGUCCUGUGAAAACAAAUGGAUUUAUUGCGAAUCGAAUUUUAUAUUCGCAUAUAAAAAUAAUCCUAAAAAUGCUAAACUAUCUCGUGUUUUAGGAAAGAAUAGGGCAAUUAGACAUCAUCUAAAAUAUGGACCUUGGUUUGGUGAAGGUCCAGAUCUUCGUGUUCAAAAAGAAUUGAAAAUCAUUGAAUUAAAGCCAAAAUCAUACCCCAAAUUAUUUGAUUCUAACGUAGA